GAUAAACUUAUUAAAUAGACAUUUUCAGAGUGGGAUUGAAAGAAUGAUGCCAUGAGUCACUUCUUUACACCUGCUCGAGUGGAGGAAGAGGAAAAUGGGAAGUUCUCGCGAGACGACUGCGUUGCCCCUCUGUACGAGGCCGACUUAGAUGCGGUGGCUAAACUUGCCGCGGAGACCAAAGAUGCUCAGAAACAGUUUGCUAAAUUGAUGGCAUCGGUUGAAUCCACUUUGAAAGAUGCGACAGCAGAAGGAGGAAGUGGAGUCGGUCGCCAAGUAGGGUCAAUGGAACCCAUUGAUGCCAGAAGGGAGAAAGCGUCAGUGCUGGAAGUUGCCACUCAGAACAUGACCCUCAGACUGCAGAUCGCCUCAAAAUUAGUACACGAGUGCAGAUCGCUAGAAGAAAAACUGAUCGAAUGCGAGGACGAGGACAGGGACUACUCGGAACAGCGCCGUCUCAGAGCCAGACUGAAGUGGGUGUGCGACAGGAUAGAGAACAACGUGCAAGCGGGACUCACAGAGUGCGAAAAGGCUGCUGAUAUCAUACAGUCAAUGAACGCUCAAAGAGUAUCAGCAAAGCUGCCGACUAUAAAUUAUCAGAAGAGAGAACAGGUAUAUCUAACUGCUAGAAGCUCACCGUGGUCGCCGGAAACUUCGCGGCAUGCUUCGCGCGCUCUUGGAAGCAGCAAAUCAGUUCACUUCUUGCCGAACAGCAUUCUUGGAUCCAACAAUGCGCUACGAAAAGGGAAGGAGGAAUUGGACGUGGUUGACAUGUACUGGAAGCACAAGCACAAGCAGUACUCGUUCCAUAGGAACACUGAAGCGAUGGUUAUGCAGGAUCCCAACAGUCUUCACAAUUUGGGAAUCGCGGUGUGCGAAUCAUAUGUUGAACCUCCAGAUAGUGAAAUAGGGCUGCCACCGCCGCCCGAGCUAAUCGCCAAUCUUCCAGAGUUCUAUGACUUUGAGAGACGCGCACUUGAAACUUUGGACAAAAGAAUAUUCAGUAUUUGCGAGAAAGUGUCUGACGGGGCUAAAUUGGCAUGCAGCAACAACGAGCACCCAGUUGUUACGCCUUCCCAGACCAGCAUGAUAAGCAUAGACCACCAACUGCUGGGUAACUACAGUCGCGCUCCCACCACUGCCGAUACUUCACGACUGGGUUUUGGGGACUCCGAUAACCCUUCUAGGACUCAGUCUGGGCAGUCUUCUCUCUACAGACAGAGUACCCCCUUUAGUGUGCGAAUAGAGAGAUUGCACGCGAAGUUGUUGAAACUGGGCAAGCCUACUUCAGAUGCGACCCCCACACAGGACCCCAGGGACUUGCCCUGUCUUCCCCUGCCCAGAAUGAAACGCAACGAAGUGUGUCCAAGGAAGCCCUCGGAUUGGGUGGGAGACAAAGACAUCGGCGUGUUGUACCCUCAGCCUAAAGUGGUGAAUCAGCAGAAGCUGUACAAAGAGACAGAGCUCAGACUGUUCCGACCCCCCACCAAAAUGGUUCAAUAUAGCAGCUCGCUCUCCACGGUGCGGCCAUCGUUUGAUGGAGUAGAAAUGAAAGAGUGGUCUGUUAUGCCCAAACGCACCAGAAAGCCCAGACAAUUUGAUGUGGACGUACAUCAACCAGUUCUGCAGGAGAUCCUCAACGGACUUGACAGUAGCUCCCAUGGACGCAGAAUCGAAUCUCUCAAGGCUCUGCAGGGCCUGAACAUGGAGAACAGUGAGAGUAUCAACUCAAAACUGAGACACUCUCUGCAGUCUUCUUCUGAUGACGUCAUCAAGAUGUCUGCUGCUCUAGCCUUACUCGCUCAUGAUGUAUGGGAAGACAGCGUGGUGCUUAUCAGUGUGAACAUGGUUCUGAGAUCUCAGAAAGAACAGUGCAAGGCAGUAGACACCUCUACUCAGACUAGCUGGACUCAACACAUGCUCAAAGCCGCACUCAAUAACAACCACCAAACUCAGCUUGAGCCAGACACCAUCGUGGACUUGGCUGCAUGUCUGCGGGAUCAACUGCUGCUCACUUCAGGUGCAAUUGACUACAAUGGAGGUCUUCAUUUCAACUGUGCUCUGCUGUUGGGACUCAUUGUCAACCACUUGCCCAACUCCGAGGAACGCCCCGAUGUCUCGAAAAAUUCUCUUCAAUCGACUUCAGUUGAUGUUCUCACCCGAUAUGCAUUCCAGUCUUCGAACCCGUGGGUUAUUGCUCAAUCUUUGGAAGUGUUGGUUCGUUUCAUUGGAUGCCGAAGCCAGGAGCUACUGGAUCUGAGCUACAAACAAACACACAAGUCACCGUCCUGGGAGUGUCGUGGCAGUGCACUGUGUCUGCUGAUGUGCUGGAACCCUAUCCUGAACCCACCCUAUGCCGAAAGUGAAGUGGAGACUGAACGUAUAUACCAAGUUGUCAGAAGAUGCCUCUGGGAGGAAACGCACACGAAAGUUCGACAGUUGGGAGCCCGUGUCAUGACUGUUCUCGAUUUCAGAGGCAGGGCAGUCCAGGAGACUAUCAAGGGUCUGGAGUCGAGCGAGGAGACAGUGCGACUGGAGUGUGUGGUGUGUUGUGGCACUCUCAACAUCAGAAGUGCCUUUGUGCUCAAACAUUUGGCUGAGAUGUUGGAAGUGGGACACUCCGACUUCCUCAAGAUACACAUUCUGCGGACAUUCCUAAUUCUGAGGCCCUCUAAUGCCAGAUUGACCAGACUCUUAGCCAGCAAAGCAAACCAAGGAGGACCUCUGUCCAGGGAAGUUCGGCGAUAUCUCGACUGCGUGAAGAACAACCCUGUCUCUACCCCUGUUACCGUGUGAAAAGAUGAAUAUAUAUGCAAUCUGGGGGUCUUCGGGGUCAAUGGGAAUUGUGAACUCAGAACAAUUCAAACAAACUUCAUUGCAUAACUAAUCGCAUUAAUGGCGUGUCUCGGUUCAAUAACAUUAACUAGUUUGAAUUAGUAAAUAGAAAUUGAUUGUCAUAAAGCGAAAAUUUACAACCAAUAUUUAAUGAGUUUUAAUCUUUUAUUU